AUGCCGAAAUUGGAUAUGUCUCGUUGCGAACUUUCUUGUCCGUCAACUACUGGACGUCAAGGUGAUAAAACCUCGUGGCGAAAGGCUAUUCGUAAUGCUGCCGCGCAAAAUGAGCACCUGCUUUUGCGAAAUGUCAAUCUGCAGCUCAUGGAAGAAUAUGCGCCAGCCGUUUAUCUUCGAUACAACAAGGAACUCGAAACUUUGCUGCACUGCGAAGAAAAGCAGCUAAGAAAGGCAUGCCUUUUACCAAAUUACAAUAACUGUUAUUGGAUUGUAACGCCUAUCUCAUUUUUUUCGAUAAUUUUUUAUAUUAAUUGGGUUGAUAAAUCCGUCAGGAUUGCUAAAAAUUUUAAUCGUAAUCUUGAGCUCCGGGAAGAAGUGAUGGAAAUUCACUCGAGGCGACGCAAAAGCCAAAUGGAAGCGGGAAUGAAGCUGAAGGAUUUGGAACAGAACUGGGUACAGAUGGUCACCAAAAAUUACAAAAUGGAGCUUGCCUGUCAAGAAUUAGCCGCAGACAAUGAAGUUUUAGCGAAGAAAGCCAAACUGAUUGCAUAG